CAUUUUCAGAAUCUCACAAACAUCCCAUUAUAUGCUUAUCUUUCCCACUCAGACGUGAAGUCUGCUGUAUCUUUGUCGGUACAUAAAAAAUAUUUCCUACCAGUGGCGGCGCGCCAGGUGAAAUAUAAUAUGUUAACAAUACAUAAAUACCUUAAUUUGUUUAAAACUUCAGAUGUUGUCAUCGUUUGAACCUUUAUUAUUUUCAAUUUCAAACUUGUAACGCAUUUCCUAUUCAAGGGAAUUUCCCAUAACAUGUGUCAUAACAUGUAGCUCUUGUUUAGGAGUUUUAGCAGGGAAUUAUAUCAUUUUGUGAUAUGGAGUUAAAAAUGUAAUGUAGAGGCCAUGACAGCUGCAAAAAACUUGCUUUGUAAAUAUGGUAUUACAUAGCUCUUUAUCUUAUUUGUGAACUCAUGAGCCGCCACUGUUGAAAUCCAGCUGAUAAAAGUCCAGUGAUAAGUAAUUCGCAUUUCGCAGGAGGUAAGUUUGAGUCAAUAUAACGGACCUAACACACGCAACGUGCUCCCGACCGAAAAUUCGCGAAACUGUGACGUAACUCAUGAAGAAUUCCGCGUAUUUAACAUCCACGUCUAUUUAUAAAUCAAGAUGAUGUAGCAAAAAUGGAAGAAACCAUUCCAUCAACGCACCCAGCAAUUUUUUCCACCAAGCCAAUUUGAAAUAUUGUACCUGUUACGUGUCAACAAUAAUUUAGAUAUAGUUUAUUAUCAUUCUAUGUAGCGUUUAAUGUACAAGUGGAUACUCGUGCGAAACGUGUGCUCGGUGUUUGCCAGCCCCGAUCUAUUUCCACACCAGUCAAUCAUCUCCAUGAUCCCGACUUCUUACCUGUCCACGCUCGUCUCGACCUCCACUCCACGUCAUUAGCUGUCAUUCCAUGAUCAUGCAGAAGAAGCAGCAAACCGGGCUCAGGCACAUGUUCGCCGGCACGGGCCCCCAGAUCCUGGCCUCGGUCGCUGCGACGAUCAGCGCAAUGAACGACGGCAUGCACUACGGCUGGUCCGCGCCCGUCAUCCCCAUACUCCAGGCCGACAACACGCCCAUCCAGAUAUCGAAAGUCGACGAGAGCUGGCUGGAGGCCAUGUACCUGGUCGGCGGCAUCGCUGGCCUCCCCGUCACCAUCUUCCUCGUCAACAAAAUCGGCCGCAAAAACUCCACCAUGGUGUCGUCGGUGACGAGUCUGCUAUCGUGGAUUUUAAUAGCCUUGGCAUCGAACGUGACGCUGCUGUACGUUGCCAGAUUUCUGUCCGGCCUGGCCGGGGACAUGGCGUUCGUGGCCACCCCCAUGUACGUGGCGGAGAUCGCCGACCAGAAGAUCCGGGGGCUGCUCUCAUGCCUCAUCUACCUCAUGAUGCUGUUCGGGAUCCUGCUCAUCUACGCCAUCGCCCCUUUCACCCCGUUCUACGUGCCGUCGGUGGUGGGUGGGGCGCUCUUGGUGACCCAGCUGGCCUCCUUCACCUUCAUGCCCAAGUCGCCGUAUUACCUCAUCACCAAGAACAAGAUGGACAAGGCCCGCAAGGCCCUGAACCGGCUGCGGACGACCAAGGACAACGAAGCCGAGCUGGAGGAGAUCAGCAGGGCGAUCGAACGCCAGCGGAAGGAGAAAGGGCGGCCGCAGGACCUGCUCCUCGUCAACAGCAACCGCAAGGCGCUGAUUGUCAUAACCAUGCUCAACGGCGCUCAGCACUUCACCGGGAUCAGCGUCAUGCUGAUGAACAUGCACACGAUUCUGACCAAAGCCGGGUCGGUCUAUCUCACGUCGAACGCCACGGCAAUCAUCUUCUCGAGCUGUAUGCUCAUAGCGGCGACGAUUUCCUCGUUUGCCGUGGACAAGUACGGAAGAAAGUUCCUCCUAAUCUCCUCCAGUAUUCUCACCGGGAUUUGUCUCCUGGUUUUGGCUGUCUAUUUUAAUUUGCAGUACAGCGGGUACGACGUGCGUGCCGUUAGCUGGAUCCCCAUCGGCUGUGUUAUGGCAUACGCUGCCACGUUUAAAAUGGGCUUGGGGAUGGUACCGAUUGUGAUAAGUGCGGAGAUUUUUUCAAAUAAGGUUAAGGCCAUGGGGAUGACCAUAGCCGAUGCUAUGUAUCUCGUUUUCGGGAUUCUUUCGAUUGAAUUGUACAAACACCUAAGUGAGUCUUAUGGGUACCAUGUACCCUUUUAUAUUUUCGCGUGUUUUUCUUUCAUUACCACAGUAUUUGUUGUUACUAUUGUACCUGAAACGAAGGGAAAAUCGCUGGAGGAAAUCCAGCUGCUACUUAAGGGACAAAAAGCCGUCGUUAGCCACGAAGACAAAGAUGUGACGACUAGUCUUACGAAAGUGUGAUGUUUACAACUUGUAGAUUAUAAAGACAAAUAAUUAUUUUUGAUAAAGAAUGUUCCUUUAGAUAUGCAGAUUCGUAUCUCGUUUGAUUUGUAGUAUAGAUAGUCAAUUAUUUUGUGAAUUUGUAGGAAAAUAUACAUUGAUAUAUGUAGGCGGGAAAGUAGUUACAUGGAUUAUUUUUUGACUUAGCUUUAAUUGCAAUUCUUACAUGACGGAGUUCCCAGUUUCCCAAAAGUAUAAUUAAAAUGAUUUACGUCAAGUACCAGUGUUACUAUGCUAAUAUGUAUUUAUCGGACCGAUGACCUUAUCGAACCCGUAUACGCUUCCUAGUAACUGGGGAAUCAACAGUUGGCAAAAUGAAGAAACUGUUUUAUCUUAUCUGAAAAAUAAAACUCUCAUACCAAAUAAAUGUUCUCGAUAAAAAUA